AGACUGUGACGAUAUUGUUUUAAGACCAUAUUAUCUUUAUCGAAACCAAUGUAAAUAAAUCAACUGGUUUCAUCAGUCAAUGGAAAUGUCCUUACUGUAUUCUUAAAUUGCCAGACCCACGAUAAAAGAAAUACAAAAUACGCUCAUUCAUCAAAACUAGAAAAAGAAACAUUAAAAGACAGAAGCAACCUCUGGUUGGUCGAAUUUCAACUAAAAGGGAAGUUUACUUUGCAGUUCUGUAACAGUCAUGAAUGUUAAAGGAAUGAAGACGUCAAAUCAAUACCAUAUGAUCCUCAGUCGACUUCAGCAAGUUUUAACAAUUAUUUUUCUCGUGAUUUUGAAAACUGGUGCAAACAAUGACAUGCAACAUUUUAGGAAAAUAACCGAGUCAAAAUGCUUGAGUCUUCCAGUUGUACGUACCGAAUAUACGACGUCCGUCAGAGAAUGUGCAUUACGGUGUAAGAUGAAUGACAUGUGUGGCUAUUUUAGCUAUUGUAAUGGACCAUGCAAAAUGUAUAAAUUGUUCUACUGCCAAUAUAAUUCCAAUACUGAAUGCGACUGUGUAUCUUUCUUUACGCUCUCAGAAAACAGUACGAGCUGGCAGAAAGUAUUUGAGAUGAAUAGAACAGCGUUUAAAAGGAGUCCUGUGUACAGUUAUUGGGAUAUUUUGUCUAUUGAUAAGGUGAAACUCAUAUUGAGAAAAAAUAAUGCUGAAAUUCACUCAUUAACUUUCACUGGAAGAAGUACAGAUUUCAGAUCCUGGUUCAAUUCUAAUAAACUCAUUUCAAAACCAUGGUUUGGAAAUAUAGCAUCAACCUACGAGUUCAAUGAUAAGGAAGAAAACUUUUUCAUCUCGCCAAAUACUAUGUCAAAGAAAGUGAUGAAAGCAAAGAAGAUCAACGAAGGCACUUAUAUAAUUCGCUACAAUGAGGUCGUUAAUGAAUUUGGUAUUCAAAUGAAAUACGAGAACGUAGUUGUUGUUAUUUAGCACCAUAUCAAC